AUGGCCAGUUUGACUCCAAUUUCCACAUAUAACUUGUCUUUAAAGCCAUUCAAUCCUGUCCCUGCUAUUGAGGAUGAAUUUCCUGUUACCAUCAGAUUGACUGUGGCAGCUGUGGAUCCUGAAGCGGUUGACGAUAAGGAAGAACCUUCAACUUUGAGGCUUUUGAAGAGGUCUGAUCUCUUCCUGGACGAUGAUUUUGAUUCUGAGGAUGAGGAGGAUUUCGACGAGGAUGACGAAGAAAGCGAAGAGGAGGAAGCUCCAAAAGAUAAAUCCAAGAAGUCCAAGAAACAAGAAGAUGAUUUAGACGACGAAGACGAAGACGAUGAUGACAGUUCUGAAGAUGACGAAGAUGAAGAUGAUGAGGAUGGAGUUUCUGAGUUCGUCAUUUGUACCUUGUCUCCUAAAGUUCAGUUUCAACAGACGCUUGAUUUGACAAUUCGUCCAGAUGAAGAAGUUUAUUUCGUUGUCACUGGUUCCUACCCCAUUCAUUUGACCGGUAACUACGUUGAGCAUCCUGCUGACGAUGAUUCUGAUGAUUACGACGAAGAAUAUAGUGACGAAGAGGACAACUUAACUCCUGAUGAGGAUGAAAUCAUCGCCGAACAAGACUACGACUUGGACGACUUAGAAGAUGCAUCUGAUAUCGAAAAUAGAAUUGAAAAAUUACUUGAGGAAGAUGAGAAGAAUUCAAAAAAAAGAGUUGCUAAUGAUGAGCCAAAGAAAUCUAAAAAGGCUAAAAAGGAAGACAAAAAAUCUGUUCAAUUCUCUGAUGAAUUAGAGCAAGGUCCAACUGGUUCUACUUUGGUUGAAAAAAAAAGGAUAAGAAAGAAAAGUCAAAAAAGAAAGAUGAAAAGGAUGAUAAGAAGAGCGACAAGAAAGCUGACUCUGACUCUUCCAAAAAGUUCCCAACCAAGACCUUGUUGGGAGGUGUAA